GGCGCAACAUCUGUUAUCCGUUACGUGUCGCAGCAGUACGCUUUGGAGCUUGUUGCAAGACGGAAAGCCAGUGACAGUUGCAUGUCUCGGCUUAUCCCGCCAGCCACGGGCGCAAGAGCUGGACGGAAGCAUCGGGCUGAAUAUCGCUAUUAGGACGAGACGAACAAUCCCCAUUGUGCGCGCACCCUUCAGGACCGGACCUACUACCUCUUUGUCAGCCUGGUAAACGAUCCACGAUGCCGCCAAUAAAACGAGCUCCGAAUCAACGCGACACGGUAGCGCAAAAGAGUUCCUUGGACCUCGUUGCCGAUGAGUUUUUCGAGCUAUCAACGCCGCCAAAACACAAGCGCGAUCCAAUCCCAAAAUCCACUUUGCAUCUCGAAAAUUGGGACGGAACCCGCCCAUCGGCACACGACCAGGUAGCCAGGAUAGCAGCCCUCGCAGCCGCAGGUAAUCCAUCAUCAACACUUGCGAUCAGCGGAGCCCACCUCUCCGAAAACUCACCACCCACCCGUGUGCUCCCGCGACAAUACGCCGAAACCUCAACGAUCCCGGCCUACUACGGGGCUCUCUACUCGAGUCCGUCUCCCGGAGCCGUGGUGGGCAUCACGCUCGGCGCAGUCGCCGGCUUCAUCCUCAUCCUCUUCCUCAUCUACAUAUGCAUCAAUCUAGGCGGCUUCUCAACAGCGAUCAGCGAAUCCGGAGGAACCGCGUCAGUGGUGACGCGGAGGAGUCGACACCAUUAUCGCUCUUCGCAUCACAGCGAGGCUGGUGGUGGUGGCCGCGGUGGCGUGUAUAAACACCGGAGGAGCAGCAGGCGUCGGUCGCGGUCUACGUCCUCGGCUGGUGAUGGUGGGGAAACGAUGGAGAUCCGCAGGACCAAGACCACUCGAACGGAUCACCGUGGUAGAUCCGGUUCUCAUGGACAUGGACAUGGACAUGGCGACGGUAUUGUUCUGGAGGAGCGGCAUCGGUCAAGGUCGAUGGGACAGGGACAACAUGGACAUGGACAACCGGUUGCUGAAAGGAUCGUGAUCGACGAGAGGAGGAGGAGCACUAAGAGGCAAUCGAGGACAGCGAGAUCGCGGUCGCCACCGGAAAGGGGGCCGAUUGUGGUGGAGACCUCGGAACCUUCGCAUCCUCAUGAGAGAGAGAGGAUUGUGGUUGAGGAGGAUGUUAGUAGUGUGUCAUCGCCGCCGGGACCGCCGAGACGGAGGAGGAGCUCGGGGUACCGCGAGAUUAGACCAGAUGAGUUUGCGGGUGGGGAUGAGCCGUUGAGGGAGGUGCGGAGGUCGGGGAGUAUCAGCCGGCAUAGGGAGUGAUGAGGAAAAUGGGACUAAAGGGUUGUUUGACAUGAUGCGAUCAAGCUGGCAAUGCGUGGGUUAUGUAUCCUUCAACUUAUAAGGCUUUGGCGUUACUGCAAGGGAUGCGGAUUGUUUCGAAAGAUUGGAUGACAGCCGGCAGUGGAUCGGCGUGUAAGGGAUACUCGAUAUCGUGCGUUCCAGACUCUUGGGUAGAGCAAGAUUAUCUAUGAAGAUUGCCAAUGCUUUCGAAGUCCGCAGGAAUAUAAUCCUCUUUAUCUCCAGUUUCAUUUUUUCGGG